CAUGCUGAACCUUUUAUCAUCCUUGGCCUAUCCUUAAGGUCUACUCGUGUUAAUUUAGUCUGAAUCCUUGAUAGGGAGCCUGUUACUGUUAAUGUGGCAUUUACACACUAGUUUUUACACUGACUAGCUACUUUUAGCUACCUCACUCAAUGUUUAUGGGGACAAAAUGUUAAUUUACUUUUUUUACACAUUUUAACUUUGUCAAACCAGGAAUAUAAUUUCUAUUAUGUAAUGAAAAUCUAUCACAAAAAAUUCACAAAUGAAGACUCUUAAUAAAGUAUUUUAUUAGCUUAAUAAUGUUUUUUUAUUACCUUUUUUUUAUAUUGUAACUAGUAAUAAGCUGUAGCUUCUUUUUUAUACUCCUUAAUGGCCCAGUAUUUGUGUUUACUAUGUGUUGUCACCACAUAUACAUAAUCUGCAUACCAGAAGGUGUGUUCUUUGUUAAAUAUUCAUCCCCACCCAGAUCAUCUGUGCUGCUUAAUUGAAUAGUCUUUGGAGUUUCUCUGUGAAAACUGAAUACCUGAGUCAUAUGGGAGGAUACAGGUGUGGUCACUUUUUUUGGAAAUGUAUUAUGAGUUUUUUUUCCUGGAUGUAAAGAUGUCAUGAGAAUGAAUUUGCGGGUUUGGCAGCGUGUCCAAAACUGUGUGAGGUUAAACCUGUUUGUUGGCUGUUGAGGAGCCUGCUGCCUUAAAGAUGCCUCUCAUAAACAGCCAAUGAAUAGAGGAGGUAAACAUAGUCGUACCGCUCUGUGUGUGGUGGCAUAUCAACAUGGAAAGUUGACACAUCCAGCUCUGAAACGAAGUUCAACGCAGGCUUAACACAAGGUCAGGCUUAGGCCUUACUUCUCUUGUAAAAUUAUGACUAGUCAUCGAAGGAGCCUGUCUGAGAGCUUUGUUCUUGAGGAUAAUGACAAACGAUAUGCGCAUGUCUCUGGAAUCAACCCUGAGGAACAUCAAGAAGGAGAUGAAACUGUUGGUGCCAUGAAGAAUGACGUCAUUGACAUACUGAAACUAAUUGAACCAUACAAUGACAAGAUUCAAGUGCUGUCAAAGCCAGGCCUGAGAUCCAGUAAAAGCUUAGGAAAUUUGGAUAACAGAAUCAAAGCUCCAGAUGAGCUACGUAAGGAUUCUUACAACAAGCUUUUCAAUGCCAAAGUCAAGAGGUUUAUUAAAGGAAACCGACAAGGAAAAAGUCAAGAAGACGUCAGCAACUCUCUAACUGGUCAGCUGAGACUGGGGAGGGCUAAUGCCCCAGAUACUGAUUUGAAAGGCCCAAGACUAGAAGGGAAAUUGGAAAAAUCUAACCUUUCAAGUUUUAUCAGACCUGAUAUUGAUGUUAAAGGAGACUUCACAGGGCCAGAGUUUAGUUUGUCAUCCCCCAAAAUGGAUGCAGGACAUAGUCGUCAUGACAUUUACAUUAAAGGACUAACAAACGACCUCAAAACUGGUCAUCCAAUUCCAAAUGUGGACUUACCGUCAGGCAAUGUGAACACGUCCAGGUUUAAAAUGCCUGAUUUUGGACUGUCAGCACAUAAAAUAAGGUCACCUGACAUUGAAAUCUCACAUCCUAAGAUUAAGGGAGAACUCAAUUCUCCAGAAAUCACAACCCCAGAUCUCAAUGCACACACUCUCGAUAGAAUCAAAGUGCCAAAUUUACAGAAGCAACAUUUCAACUUCGAAGUUCCAGAUGGUGAUAUUGAUACAUCUGGACUCAGCAGUGGCAUUAAAGCUCCUGACCUUAAUAUUGACACUCCCUCCGGAAAACUAAAAAUGCCAAAAUUUGGAUUAUCAGGUCAUUUGCCAAAAGGAGGGGUUGAUGAACAAGACAUUAAGUUGACUCUCCCAAAAGCUGAUUUGAAGGAACCAAAACUGAAUGUGAACUCCUCUGAUAUUGACAUCGAUAAUCCUACAGGAAAAUUCAAAAUGCCCAAAUUGAAAACACCAAAAUUUAACCUUCCAAGUUUUAAAGGACCUGACACUGAUGUGACAGGAGACUUAGAAAGGCCUGAUUUGAGUUGGUCCUCUCAUAAAUUUGAUGCAGAUGUUGAUCUUCCUCACACUGACACUGAUGGGCCCAAAGCAGAUCUUAAAGAUGUGACACUUCCAAAUAUGGACCUACCGUCUGGUAAAUCAAAAAUGCCCAAAUUCAAGAUGCCUGAUUUUGGACCCUCGAUAUCUAAUGUAAAGUCACCUGAGAUGAAUCUCUCUCUGCCUAAAAUGAAAGGACAGAUAAACUCACCAAAUCUCACUGUCCCAGAGUUAGACGUUGGUGUCCCAACAGGUAAAAUCAAAGGCCCAACAAUUAAAGAACCAAAGGCUGAUAUUACAGCACCUGAAUUCAACAUCGAUGCUCCUUCAGGGAAACUGAAAAUGCCAAAUUUCAAAGGCCCCAACAUUAAGGGAGACAUACGUUCACCAGACAUGAAUUUGGCUUUCCCUGAAGCAGAUGUGAAAGGACCAAAACUAGAUUUGAAAUCCCCUGAUAUUGCGAUUGAUAGUCCUACAGGAAAAUUCAAAAUGCCCAAAGGGAAAACACCCAAAUUUAGCCUUCCUGGUUUUAAAGGACCUGCCACUGAUGUGACAGGAAACUUAGAAAGGCCUGAUUUGAGUUGGUCCUCUCCUAAUUUUGAUGCAGAUGUUGAUGUUCCUGACAUUGAUAUUGAUGGACCCAAAGCAGACUUUAAAGGCAUGACAAGUCCAAAUAUGGACCUACCAUCUGGUAAAUCAAAAAUUCCCAAAUUCAAGAUGCCUGAAUUUGGACACUCAAUACCUAAUGUAAAAGCACCUGAGAUGGAUCUCUCACUGCCUAAAAUGAAAGGAGAAAUAAAUUCACCGAACCUCACUGUCCCAGAGUUAGAUAUUGAUGUCCCAACAGGUAAAAUCAAAGGGCCCACACUUAAAGCACCAAAGGCUGAUAUCAGGGCACCUAAAUUCAACAUCGAUGCUCCCUCAGGGAAACUGAAAAUGCCAAAUUUCAAAGGCCCCAACAUUAAGGGAGAUGUAGGUUCACCAGACAUGAAUUUGGCUUUCCCUGAAGCAGAUGUGAAAGGACCAAAACUAGAUUUGAAAUCCCCUGAUAUUGCGAUUGAUAGUCCUACAGGAAAAUUCAAAAUGCCCAAAGGGAAAACACCCAAAUUUAGCCUUCCUGGUUUUAAAGGACCUGACACUGAUGUGACGGGAAACUUAGAAAGGCCUGAUUUGAGUUGGUCCUCUCCUAAUUUUGAUGCAGAUGUUGAUGUUCCUGACAUUGAUAUUGACGGACCCAAAGCAGACUUUAAAGGCAUGACAAGUCCAAAUAUGGACCUACCAUCUGGUAAAUCAAAAAUGCCCAAAUUCAAGAUGCCUGAAUUUGGACACUCAAUACCUAAUGUAAAAGCACCUGAGAUGGAUCUCUCACUGCCUAAAAUGAAAGGAGAAAUAAAUUCACCGAACCUCACUGUCCCAGAGUUAGAUAUUGAUCUCCCAACCGGUAAAAUCAAAGGGCCAACACUUAAAGCACCAAAGGCUGAUAUCAGGGCACCUAAAUUCAACAUCGAUGCUCCCUCAGGGAAACUGAAAAUGCCAAAUUUCAAAGGCCCCAACAUUAAGGGAGAUGUAGGUUCACCAGACAUGAAUUUGGCUUUCCCUGAAGCAGAUGUGAAAGGACCAAAACUAGAUUUGAAAUCCCCUGAUAUUGACACUGAUAGUCCUACAGGAAAAUUCAAAAUGCCCAAAAUGAAAACACCCAAAUUUAGCAUUCCUGGAUUUCAAGGACCAGGCCUUAAUGGCAAAGGAGACCUGAAAGGGCCAGAUUUGAGCAUGUCCUCUCCUAAAUUUGAUGCAGAUAUUCCUGGUCCUGACCUUGACAUUGAUGGACCCAAAGCUAAUGUAAAUGACAUGACCCUUCCAAACAUGCACCUACCAUCAGGUAAAACAAAAAUGCCUAAGUUUAAGGUGCCUGGUUUUGGACUCUCAGGAUCUAAAGUCAAGGCACCUGAGAUGAAUCUCUCACUGCCUAAAAUGAAAGGAGAGAUAAAUUCACCGAACCUCACUGUCCCAGAGUUAGAUGUCAAUGUCCCAACAGGUAAAAUUAAAGGACCAACUCUUAAAGAACCGAAGGCUGAUAUCAGGGCACCUGAAUUUAACAUUGAUGCUUCUUCAGGGAAACUGAAAAUGCCAAAUUUCAAAGGCCCCAAUAUUAAGGGAGAUAUAAGUUCACCAGACAUGAAUUUGGCUUUCCCUGAAGCAGAUGUAAAAGGGCCAAAACUAGAUAUGAAAUCCCCUGAUAUUGACAUUGGUGGUCCUACAGGAAAAAUCAAAAUGCCUAAAAUGAAAACACCGAAAUUCAGCAUUCCUGGAUUUAAAGGACCUGACAUUGAUGCUAAAGGAGACUUGAAAGGGCCAGAUUUGAGCUUGUCCUCUCCUAAAUUUGAUGCAGAUGUUACUGGUCCUGACCUUGACAUUAACGGACCCAAAGCUAAUGUUAAUGGUGUGACACUUCCAGACAUGCAUGUACCAUCAGGUAAAACAAAAAUGCCCAAAUUUAGGUUUCCUGAUUUUGGACUUUCAGGACCAAAAAUAAAGGCACCUGAGAUGGGUCUCUCACUUCCUAAAAUGAAAGGAGAGAUAAACUCACCAAACCUCACAGCCCCAGAGUUAGAUGUCGAUGUCCCAACAGGUAAAAUCAAAGGACCAACUCUUAAAGAACCAAAGGUUGAUAUCAGGUCACCUGAGUUCAACAUCAAUGCUCCAUCAGGAAACCUGAAAAUGCCAAAUCUUAAAGGACCCCAAAUUAAGGGAGAUAUAGGUUCACCAGACAUGAAUUUGGCUUUCCCUGAAGGAGAUGUGAAGGGGCCAAAACUAGAUGUGAAAUCCCCUGAUAUUGACAUUGGUGGUCCUACAGGAAAAAUCAAAAUGCCUAAAAUGAAAACACCGAAAUUCAGCAUUCCUGGUAUUAAAAGACCUGACAUUGAUGUGAAAGGAGACUUGAAAGGGCCAGAUUUGAGUGUGUCCUCUCCUAAAUUUGAUGCAGAUAUUCCUGUUCCUGACACUGACAUUCAUGGACCCAAAGCUAAGGUUGAUGGCAUGACACUUCCAAACAUGCAUUUACCAUCAGGUAAAACAAAAACACCUAAGUUUAAGUUGCCUGGUUUUGGAUUCUCUGGACCUAAAGUAAAGUCACCUGAGAUGGAUCUCUCACUGCCUAAAAUGAAAGGACCAAACCUUACAGCCCCAGAGUUAGAUGUUGAUGUCCCAACAGGUAAAAUUAAAGGACCAACACUUAAUGAACCAAAGGUUGAUAUCAGGGCACCUGAAUUUAACAUUGAUGCUCCCUCAGGGAAACUGAAAAUGCCAAAUUUCAAAGACCCCAAAUUUAAAGGUCAAAUGGGUUCACCAGACAUGAAUAUGGCUUUCCCUGAAGCAGAUGUGAAAGGACCAAAACUAGAUAUGAAAUCACCUGAUAUUGACAUUGGUGGUCCUACAGGAAAAUUCAAAAUGCCUAAAAUGAAAACACCGAAAUUCAGCAUUCCUGGAUUUAAAGGACAUGACCUUGAUGUCAAAGGAGACUUGAAAGGUCCGGACUUGAGCAUGUCCUCUCCUAAAUUUGAUGCAGAUAUUACUGGUCCUGACCUUGACAUUGAUGGACCCAAAGCUAACGUAAAUGGCAUAUCCCUUCCAAACGUGCAAUUACCAUCAGGUAGAACAAAAACACCUAAGUUUAAGGUGCCUGGUUUUGGACUCUCGGGACCUAAAGUCAAGGCACCUGAGGUGGAUCUCUCACUUCCUAAAAUGAAAGGAGAGCUAAACUCACCAAACCUCACUGUCCCAGAGUUAGACGUUGAUGUCCCAGCAGGUAAAAUUAAAGGGCCCACACUUAAAGAACCAAAGGUUGAUAUCAGGGCGCCUGAAUUCAACAUCGAUGCUCCCUCAGGGAAACUGAAAAUGCCAAAUUUCCAAGGUCCCAAUAUUAAGGGAGAUAUAGGUUCACCAGACAUGAAUAUGGCUUUCCCUGAAGCAGAUGUGAAAGGACCAAAACUAGAUGUGAAAUCCCCUGAUAUUGCAAUUGAUGGACAUACAGGAAAAAUCAAAAUGCCUAAAAUGAAAACACCCAAAUUUAGCCUUCCUGGUUUUAAAGGACCGGGUCUUGAUGUCAAAGGAGAUUUGGAUGGGCCAGAUUUGAGCAUGUCCUCUCCUAAAUUUGAUGCAGAUAUUCCUGGUCCUGACCUUGACAUUGAUGGACCCAAAGCUAAUGUAAAUGACAUGACCCUUCCAAACAUGCACCUACCACCAGGUAAAACAAAAACGCCUAAGUUUAAGUUGCCUGAUUUUGGACUCUCGGGACCUAAAGUCAAGGCACCUGAGGUGGAUCUCUCACUUCCUAAAAUGAAAGGAGAGCUAAACUCACCAAACUUCACUGUCCCAGAGUUAGAUAUUGAUGUCCCAGCAGGUAAAAUUAAAGGGCCCACACUUAAAGAACCAAAGGCUGAUAUCAGGGCACCUGAAUUCAACAUCAAUGCUCCCUCAGGGAAACUGAAAAUGCCAAAUUUCAAAGGCCCCAACAUUAAGGGAGAUAUAAGUUCACCAGACAUGAAUUUGGCUUUCCCUGAAGCAGAUGUGAAAGGACCAAAACUAGAUUUGAAAUCCCCCAAUGUUGACAUUGAUGGUCUCACAGGAAAAAUCAAGAUGCCAAAAGUGAAAACACCCAAAUUUGGCAUUCCUGGUUUUGAAGGAUCAGACCUUGAUGUCAAAGGAGAUUUGAAUGGGCCAGAUUUGAGCAUGUCCUCUCCUAAAUUUGAUGCAGAUAUUACUGGUCCUGACCUUGACAUUGAUGGACCCAAAGCUAAUGUAAAUGACAUGACCCUUCCAAACAUGCACCUACCAUCAGGUAAAACAAAAACGCCUAAGUUUAAGUUGCCUGAUUUUGGACUCUCGGGACCUAAAGUCAAGGCACCUGAGGUGGAUCUCUCACUUCCUAAAAUGAAAGGAGAGCUAAACUCACCAAAUCUCACUGUCCCAGAGUUAGACGUUGAUGUCCCAACAGGUAAAAUUAAAGGCCCAACACUUAAAGAACCAAAGGUUGAUAUCAGGGCACCUGAAUUCAACAUCGAUGCUCCCUCAGGGAAACUGAAAAUGCCAAAUUUCAAAGGCCCCAAUAUUAAGGGAGAUAUAAGUUCACCAGACAUGAAUUUGGCUUUCCCUGAAGCAGAUGGACCAAAACUAGAUGUGAAAGGACCAAAACUACAUGUGAAAUCCCCCAAUGUUGACAUUGAUGGUCUCACAGGAAAAAUCAAGAUGCCAAAAGUGAAAACACCCAAAUUUGGUAUUCCUGGAUUUAAAGGACCUGACCUUGAUGCCAGUGGAGACUUGAAAGGGCCAGAUUUGAGUGUGUCCUCUCCUAAAUUUGAUGCAGAUAUUACUGGGACUGAUAUUGACAUUGAUGAACCCAAAGCUAAGGUUAAUGGCAUGACACUUCCAAACAUGCACCUACCAUCAGGUAAAACAAAAACACCCAAGUUUAAUUUGCCUGAUUUUGGACUCUCGGGACCAAAAGUAAAGGCACCUGAGAUGGAUCUCUCACUUCCUAAAAUGAAAGGAGUGAUAAACUCACCAAACUUCACAGUCUCAGAAGGCCCUAACAUUAAGGGAGAUAUAGGUUCACCAGACAUGAAUUUGGCUUUCCCUGAAGGAGAUGUGAAGGGGCCAAAACUAGAUGUGAAAUCCCCAGAUAUUGACACUGAUGUACCCACAGCAAAAAUCAAAAUGCCCAAAGUAAACACAUCAAAAUGUAGCCUUCCAGAUUUUAAAGGACAUGACAUUGAAGGAGACUUGGAAGGGCCGGAUUUGACCUUGGCAUCCAAAAGAUUUAGUGCAGAAACUGGUGCUUCUGAUAUUGACAUUGAUGCACGAAAACCUAGUUUAAAAGGUCCUAAAUCAAACUUUACAUUUCCAGAUAUGGACUUGCCAUCAGGCAGUCUACAAAUGCCCAGACUUAAGAUACCCAAAUUAGGACUGUCAGAUCCUAAAUUAAUUGCACCCGAGAUGGAUGCUUCACUUCCUACGGUUAAGGGAGAUAAUUCAGCUGACUUUAAUAUCAAAGGCUAUAAACCAAACAUUUCAUCCCCAGACUUUGAUGGAGAUAUCCCUACAGGUAACAUUAACAUGACAACUCCAAAAGUUGAUAUCAAAAGUCCUGACUUAGACAGUGAUAUGACCUCAGGAAAACUGAAAAUGCCUCAAUUUGGACUUUCAAGUAAUCUGCCAAAAAGCCCAAAACUUAAGGGGCAAAUUGAUGGCCAAGACAUUAAGUUAACUCUUCCUGAAGCUGAGUUGAAGAGUCCCAAACUGGAUUUGAUAUCUCCAGAUACUGACAUUGAUGGUCCAGAGAGUAAAUUAAAACCAGAAUUCACAGCACCAAAAUUUGAUAUUCAAGGAAUUAACGAGCCUGAUAUAAAAGCUAAACCCAACCUGGAAGGGCAACAUUUGAAUUUAUCUGCAAUGGAUGAGUUUGGGAUUCCUGACUAUAACACUCAUGGACCAACAACUAAUCUUAAAGGUCUCAAAACAGACUUUACACUUCCAGACAUUGACUUGCCAUCAGGCAAAGUAAACUUGCCUGGCAGUGGCCCAAAUAAUCGUCACAAAUCUGACAGAAAAUGUCACUUGGAUAGAGAUAAAUCGUAUGGCAGUUUGAAAGUUACGAAAGACUUAAAGUCUUUAGUAUCAGGCAUGGACCUUGAAGUGCCAAAACAAUCCUUAAAGGGGUCAAAGUUUAAACUGCUAACACUAGUGUGAUGGGACAGAUUUUCAUAUUGAUGGUAGACUUGUUUAGUACAGAAAGACAGGUCUUACAAAAUAAUUGAUUUCAUGUACAUGGUGAAAAAUAUAUAUCAGGGUUAUAUUAAUGUUCACAUGUAAAUAUUUUAGCAAAAACAUAUCACAAAUAUACACAGAAACCAUUAUAUAGUAUCUUUUGUUGCAACUUGUGUAUAUACAUUUGUAUGCUUGCUUAGUACCACUAGCACUUAAAAUAGAACUGUGUGGGAUUUAAUGAUGAUUACAAUGCAUUUGAGUAUUUUCGACAUUGUAAUAUUUUAAUAUUUUUGUUAACAUGGUUAAAUGAAGUUUAAAUGUUCAAAAUCUUCAUCAGUGUAAAUGGCUAAGAUUCAUAUCAAACUAUUAAUUUGUGCCUCAUUUUUAUUAUGUGUAUUACACAUUUGUUUUAUUUGACUAAUACUGUUUGAGAAAUUGUUUUAAUAGUGAUGACUUUGUAUCCAUUGUUUCAAAGUAAAUUUAUUAAAUCAUUAGUUUCUUAAUUAUUCUUAUUAGAAUUUCAGUUGUUGCAUGCUUUUGUAUUGACAUUUGGUAUUUUAAAAACGGUUGCAAAAUAAAUGUUUACAAAAUUAUUAGUCAAACCCUGUGUUAUUCUACUUCUGUUAAAAUGAAUAAAUAAGUAAAAUAUAAUAAACUCUACCAAAUAGUAUGAAUUCAAGUAUACUGAGAAAUCAAGUCAAUUGGGACAGUGUACCUUGGCAGCAUUAGUUUUCUGAUAGAAGCAACAUGACAAUUCAUGUGACAUUAAAAAGCUUGUGGUAAGUAUCAAAUAGGAACUGGACCCCAAAUAGUUUGAGGUUGGGAAAAAUGACAUUCUUUGGUUCAUUUUUUUACAAGGUUAUAUAAUUGUCAUGACUAAUAUAUUACACAUAAUUAUGCUGCAUAUAUGCAUAAGAUGUACUACUGUAACAAAAUAAACAUAAUGUUAUUUCGAAUGAGGUAAAAACUGUAUAUUUAUAAUUGAAUGAUUUUCAAGAUGCCCCAAAUGAACAAGCAUGGAUACUUACCAAAAAUGACACUUACCUUUUGUGAUGGUUCUAUUUCACCCCUCCUAACCUCCAGGUGUGGUGUUAUAACACAUGGACAUCCUCUAGCACGCAUGUGCACCAUCCAGAGAACUCCCACAGUCGUGCAAUGACAGUAAUAUAAUACUUACUGUGAGUACUAGAGAUGCAUCAGUCCGGAUACUGGUAUCGACAUCAACCCAAUAUUUACUCAUAAAUAUGCCCCAACACCAGCCAUGUUACAUAAUUCUAAUGUGUAUGCUGUCAUGCUAAUGAUCAGAUAACAUGAAAUAACAGAAAUCUGGAUGUAUUUCACAAUUAAUGAUGGCAAUUAAAGCAAACAGACUGCAAACUGUGCACAGCUUGCCUGAGAGGGAAUGUGGUUGUCAGUGGGAGAUUCUGAUAGCUCUCAAACAAGGUUUAUUCCAUUAAUUUUUAAACAUUAAAUAGAUCUCUCUCUCUCAAAUCAAAAAAUAGCUGGAAAUGUGACUUCACCUACUUAUAACUGAUAACUGAAUACUCCCUAUAAUUUCUUCAGACAGUGGGUUCCACUGUUAGCUUGUUAGCUAGUUAUCAUCACUCCCAUGCUUACAGAUUAUCUAGGAAUUGAUCUGUUCCUGAUGGUGUGUUCUGUACUUAUAGUAUGUACUACAUUACUGUCAUGGCAUGACUUUGUGGGAGGUCUUGGCUUGGCAUGGCAUGGUGACUUGAGAUUUUCCAGGUGUUAAAACAUAAAACAUGUUUAUACAUCCACAGUUAACUAACCACCAUUAACUACCAUUUUCUACUAUAAUUUUACUUACUCAGUUCAUAUUGAAUUUUAGAAAAGAUGGAUAUGAAUACUCAAGAUUUUCUAAAUCCUGUUAUUGUUGUUUUUGCUGCAAGGAGUGUAUGUAGAAAGUUACUUAGGCCAACAUCUUCAUAUGUAGUAAUUGUCAUUUUAAUUGUCAUCUACUGUGUUCAUACACUAUUAGAAUAUGUUACUGAUGAAUUUGGAGAAGAUUUUUUUCAAAUCCUUUUGUUGAAAUGUAAUUUAUUUAUUACAAACUAUGCCAC